AUGCAGCCGAUGGUGCUAUGGGCGCAGCGAGCCGACCGGCUGCUGCUGACGAUCGAUCUGCAACAAUGCGUGGACCCCGAGAUCAGCAUCAGCAACGAUGGAGCUGCAAAGGCUGGCAAGCUGACCUUCCGCGGCCACGCACACAGCCAUGCCACGGGACCCGAGGAGCACGACUAUCAGCUAGACCUGGAGUUUUAUAGCGAGGUGGAUGACAAGGACAUUAAGCAGGACACCACGGAGCGCUUCAUCACGCUGGUGAUUGCCAAGAAAGGCCCGCACGAGCACUGGCCACGUCUGCUCAAGGCGGCGGGCAAGCCGGCGCCGAAUGUGGACUGGGACAAGUGGGUUGACGAAGAUGAGGAGGAGGAGGAGGGCGCGGACAAGAUGGGUGGCUUGGACCUGUCGGCGCUCCAAAACUUCCAAAACAUGGGCGGAGGCAUGGGUGGCAUGGGCGGCGGCUUUGGGGCAGACAUGUCGGAUGAUGAGGAGGGCGGGGCCCAGAAGGGUGGAGAGUCGGAUGACGAUCUGCCAGACCUAGAGCCCGUGCCGCAGAAGUGA